AUGGGCGAGAAGCAGAUUCCGCCGGUGGAAUUCGUGGAAAGCGCGUGCAAGGAACGGUUGCAGAUGAUCGUGCCGUACAUUUCGAAAUGGCCCCAAGCCAUAGCCAUCAUGUCUUUACCUCCAAAUGUACCUACAGCGUUAGCGACUCUUUUAACCAUGGUCGAUGAUAUAUGUUACCACGCGGGAGAUAGAUCCGUUGAUUUUCAAUGGUACGGACGAAGGGUCGCACUGGCUGGAGUCUUCAAAGCAAGCGAAUUGUAUUUAUUGCAAGACACUUCAGCGGAGCACAAAGAGACGUGGAAAUUCUUGAACAGAAGAUUGACCGAAGCCGUCCAACUUCAAGACAUUUUGAACAAAUCCGAGUUCAUGGGACAAGGAGCCAAAGACACAAUUUCCGCUGCUUUCACGACGGCGAGAAAUAUAUUAGGAUUGAAUAAAGCGACAUAA